AUGCGUGAACGGUCGGUGCAUCGCAACUGUGCCCUACUCGCGCUACUUUCGCUUGCCAUCCACUGGCGGAUCGAUCCCAUCGCUGCCGAUAGCGUCUGUGGCCAGCGACCUAUUGCCGCCCCCGGUACCAUCACGUACGGAACGUCCAGUUGGCCUGGUCAGUUUCCGUGGCAUGUGGCGCUGUACCGUACGGAGCAACACCUCUCCAUUUCGUACGCUUGCGGCGGUUUCAUCGUGGGCGAACGGGUGGUAAUUACAGCUGCCCAUUGCGUCACGGCCCCCAGCGGUUAUCAGCUAGCGGCGGACGAGCUGAUCGUCCGCGCGGGACUUUACGAUCUGCUCGCACUCGCCCGCCAUUCCCAGGAGCAUCGGGUGGGUAAGAUUCAUCGGCACGAUAACUUUACGGUUGGUUCACCUCGGCACGACCUUGCCCUGCUGUCGCUGAGGACCGUCGUUGAGUUUGGGGAGUUCGUGCAGCCGAUCUGUUUGCCGGAGCGGGAAAAUGCGCUGCAGGGCGUAGAGUUUGGUAGCGUCGCGGGCUGGGGAUUGACGGAACUUGAUGUACCGGCCAGGACACUUCGGUCGAGCGCGAUGCCAGUGGUCAGCUACAUCCGGUGUCUUGAAAGUGAUUCCUCGUUGUUUGGUCCCGUCCUGUACGAUGGAAUGUUCUGUGCUGGGUGGGAAAAUGGAACCAACGUUUGUAACGGUGACAGUGGUGGUGCAUUCGUUGCCAACCUUAAUGGCAGUUGGACAGCGUUAGGCAUUGUGGCUUUCACCGGAGUACGGGAGGAUACCGACGGGCAGACGCCGUUUCGAUGCAACACGAAAAGUUUGUCCGGAUUCAUCAGCAUUCCCAAGUACCUGACGUGGAUUGCAGCCGUGGUUAGUAUGGAAGAGCUACAACUCGCCCGAACAGUGCCAAACAACCACAAAACAUCAACGAUUCCGCCAAGAAACGUUAGUGAAAAAAUGUGUCAAUCGUAUCGGGAAAGAUGCUCGGGGCAAGAGGACUUCUCAUAUCUGACAUCGGUCGUUCGGCCGGUUCAUAUCCCUGGCACUCCUAGCCGGUACGCUCGGCUAGUGAUUGAUUGCUUCGCCGUGCUGAUAAGUGACCGCUUUCUACUGGCACCGGCCAGCUGCCAUCGAAGCACAGCCCCGGCCAAGCAAUUCAUCCUGCUGGAGGUAGCCGGACAGGCAAUGGACUGCCACAUAAAGACGUUCCAUCAACACCCGAAUUUUGUCAACAAAAGCUCACCGCCGACGGACGACACCGGAAGUGGCGGGUGGCAGGCGGACGGGAAGGACCAAAGCAAUCUCGCGCUAAUCGAACUGGAACGAAGCGUGCCCCUGUCCACCUGUCAGUUUGUGUGCCUUUGGACCGGCGGUACCGAAACCGAUACCCUGCCGAACAUCUUUCUCUACUCGGCCGUGAAUGUUUCGUCCGGUGACAAAUCGAUCGAGUCGCCGGAGGUGACGGCCCGGUGGGAAGGUGACCGAACCGGACCGUCCCCGGGGAGCGUACGGCGAUGCUACGACGAGCUGCUGGCGCCCAUGGUGAUGCAGCAGAACCCGGACGGCGACCGGCAGGAUCGAUUGGUCGGCAUUGUUCUCGAACGAACCUGUACAAAGAUUCGCUUCAUCAAGGUAGCACCGUUUCUUUCCUGGAUCGAGCAGUUGGUGUGGCAGGGUUAG